AUGAUACCAUGCGUAUUAUUAUACUGUUUCAGUCUCCUCUUCUUAUCCUACAUUAUAAAAGUAUUAAGUUAUUGUGAUGACAUAACCAUUAACCAAAAAAAUGUUAAGUCCAUUGUGUUCAGUAGCGACUGUGAGUACUGUGAUGCUUUGAAAUGGUCAGACCCCGAGUAUGCUGAAAACGGCAUUCCCACAGGGAAUGCGAAUUUGUCCAAGGGGGGUGAAGAUGCGUUUGGUGGUGAUAAGGGGUGGUGCGUACAGGAAGGGGAGCAGAAAAAAUGCAGACAGAAAAUUGAAGUCCAAGUGGGACCCAAAGUAGGGAAGGAGGUCGAAAGCAGGAAGCACAAAAAGACCAAAGAAGACCAUGCACACAGGCAAAGAGUUGGCGACUUGGUUGAGGCAAUCUCUCUGCCGAACGGAAAUGUGGACCAAGUGAUUCAAGAAAACCUCCUACCAAACGAAAAAGCUAACCAAUGGAUUCUGGCAAUCCCUCUACUCAGUGAACAAGUGUACCAAAUAGUCCAACCAUACGUCCUAACCGUUGCCGUAUCUACUCGAAAGCGGGUGGCAGACCGCAUACUCUCGCACAUAGAUAACGAGACAGUCCCAUCAACUAGUGCAUCAACCGAUGUAGACUAUUGGACAGCUCAUUCCGAAAGCUCUCAUGGAAAAAUGACAACAGCUAAUAAAAGGUCUUCAGGAAAGGAUGUAGCCAACCAACGGGUGAACAAGAAUUAUAUAACCACUCCACCAGGUGCAAGUGGCGCAAAAGAAGAUGCAAAUGAAGACGCAGAUGACGAAAUGGAUGAAGAAACAAAAGGGGACACAACACAGGAGACACACACCCAUAACUACGAAAACGGAAAACAGGAGACCCAGGAGGAACAAAAAUGGAGCGAAAAAAAAGAAAAGACUAAAAGGGGUUGGUUCAGUACCUACUGGAAUUACGGUUCAAGAAAAAGUAAACCAAGCGAACCAGAAAAUGUUGACAAAAAAGAAAAAAACAAAAAAUCAAAUUCAUUUCCAGUAACGAAUAAAAGGACUAAUAUAAAAAAAGAUGAAGAUUUUAAGUUACAUGAACAAAAAUGUUUGGUAACGGAAUUUCCUAACAGAGAUUUAGAUGUGUGUGAAAAUAAAAACGUAGAAAAUGAAACAUCAUUGGACAAAGAGGGAACGGUACAACAGAUAGACGGAAAUUAUCAAACGAUCCAACCCACUGAUUACGACAAAAGACAAAAGGAAAUAAAAGACGAAGAAAGAAUUGUACCAAGAGGAAGCUUUGGUUCUCGUACGAGCUUAGACAAUUAUUAUCCCGUAGGAGAAGGUAUAAAUAAUACACAAGAACAUUUGGGGGGAGGCGAUGCAGAAGCAGGAACACAUUUAGACAUCUUGAGUGCGCAGGUCUUGCGAGAAGGGGAAGCAGUGGAACCUUCCACUUCGCUACAGGGGAGUAAUGAAAACCUAGUGUCAAUAAUAGGAUCAAACAAUAUGAUAUUCGGAAGGGUGGAUGAAGGGAAAAACACAGUCGCAAAGUCGAAGAAGAGGAGGAAGUGGAAGAGGAGAAGAGGAGAAGUGAACGUAGAGCAUGACGAAAUGAAAAAGGAAAAUUUGGGCACUCAACAUGAUAGCAGCACCAACAUUUACGACGCACAGAACAAACAGGUGGAAGACGUACAUUUGGAAGAUAAACUUUACGACGACUACGAUGAUUAUGAUGAUGACGACGACGACUAUGAGGAGGUAGAACAAGUCGAUGAGGGAGAAGAAGAGGAAGAGGAGGAGGAGCAAGUAGGCGAUAUCGAUGAUGUAAUAAAUCAGUACAUGGACGAAGUGGAGCAAAUGCAAGUAUCUUUGGGGCUUUCAGAAAAAGACGAUUUUAGUGAAAUGGACGAUGUGACUACUUCUCCCUUUAAAGGCUCUAAGUCUGACACCUGGGAAACGGAUAGUUACUUAAGUGCGCAAUCGAGUUUAAGUGAUAGCGACGACGAUAUGAAGGAAGAAAAAGAAGAAUUUGGGAAGAGAGACCGAUUCUUAUACAAAUCGACGAAUGUAAAUGUGUACGAAAGGUAUAAAAGGGACCUGAAGUUGUACAGGGAGAUGUUGAAAGAUGAUGAGCUAGAUGAAUUUUACAAGGAAAUAAUAAGAAAUAGGGAAUUAAUAGAUAUAAAUUACAAAAAUGAAUAUGCUUUAAAAAUGAAGUACCAUAAAGGGUAUGAUUUUUCAUUACACAAUUUACAUAUUGUAAAUGAACAACAGGCAAGUGAGAAAUUUUAUUCGAAUUUUGUAGAAACCAGUGAUGAGGAAGACCAUGCGACAUUUCAAGAUGUUAAUUAUUUUGCUGAUUUGUCUAAAAUAGAUAUAGAUCCUAUCAUGUUUAAAGAAUUUUACAUAAGAUCUAGUAUGUGUAAUGGGGAAUACUUACCUUUGAAGGGUACGCUGGUGGAAAAUAUAUGUUUCUUAGCACACCAUUUAAAAAAAGAACCUUCUGUUAAUAAAAUCCCAAUUAAGGCCAAAAAAUCAGUUUUGUAUCGUCUGUUUUUUCAUAUAGUUAAAAAGUUUAAUAAGUUACCCAUAAAACAGUGCAUUCAGAAUGUAGAAGAAUUAAAAUUGCUGGAUAUUCUUUUUCUGCUAAAUGAAGAAAUUGUAAAGGAAUCGAAAAAUGAACUUAACAUUGGGAAAUGUUUAAAUAAUUUAAUGGCUCGAAAUCAUGAGUGGUAUGAUUUAAUCAAGUUCAUCUGUAUGAUUAUGUUAGCUUAUACAACGUACAUGAAGGAACAUUAUUUCUUAACGGACCAAGAAAGAGAAGAAUUCAUAUCUACUGAUCAUGUUGUAGAUUUACCUAUAUUUGAAUAUCUGAAUUCAAACGUCGUUGACAUUUUUGUCCCCACCAAUAUGCAAACACAAAUUGAUAUCGACCUGCUGAAAGACAUUACAAAUGCGCCUGAAGAUAAGAAGAAAAUAUUUCAAACUUGGUAUGUAUGUUAUUUAUUUACCCAUAAAGUAUAUUUAAUAAAUAAAAUGUGGAAUGUGAUAAAAAAAUGGGAAGCAUCUAAAUUUAUUCCCAACCCGUGGUAUAUAGAUCACGUAGGAAGUGCCUUAGUUCCUGAGGUAAUAAAUUUACAUCAUCUCGAGGAAGAUAAGUAUGCAUUUUUUAGGUACAUUGAUUCUCUUCAAUUAUUUGUAUCCUUCAAGAGAAGCAAAAAAUACCCCUUACCAAAUUAUGACAAAAACAAUUUCCACUUGGUAGAAAAUGUUGUAGCUUUUCAAGGAACAGCUAGCCCAUUUAUGUGGAUGAUCAAUGUGAUACACGAAUUAAGUUCGUACCCUUUUUUGACUAAGGGGAAAUUGCACAAGGCUUAUUUAUUCUUAUUCAAACGAAUAGUGAGGCCAUACUUGCGUGUGUUGAAGAAAAACAUUUUAAAGGAAAUAAAAGAUGACAAGUCCAAGUAUACCAAAGAGAAUCCAUAUGUCAUUAUAUUCACUGGUCACUCCUUUGGUGCAGCUAUGGCUCAUUUGAGCUCCUUUUAUUUAGCCAAAAUUUUGAACGUUAAAAAUAAUCCCAAAGUGAAGGUGGUCUCCGUGACUUAUGGAAUGCCCAUGUUUUAUGAUGAUCAGUUUUCAGAAGACUUUCGAAACAGUGGUGUCAUUAGUAACAACAUCAGUAUUGAUUAUGACCCCAUCCCAUACAUUAUGGCAUUUCCUGGAAUUAAGGAUUUUAAGGACCCGGAAGAAGAAAAAAAAUCAUCUAUCGUUUUUAAGGUUGAUGAUUUGAAGACGUUAAAUCAUGAUUUUGGUGAAAAUAUUUUCAACGGAAAUGAACUGUUUCAUCAGGAAAGGAAUCAAUCUCGUUCUUUGAUACACCUCCUUACAAGAUAUAUUUUUAAUAAUGUGUUUAUCGAGUUGGGAGAAUUACAUUUUUCACAAACUCACUACUUUUUUUAUUAUGUGUUCUUAACUCUCCUGUCCGGAUGGGCCAAUGAGGCAGAAUGGGGCACUUUCUUCCUGGUCCCGUUUUUCCUCUUUGACAUUAUUAAUUUCACACACAGCGAAAUCAUGACCAAGUCCAAAGAGGUGUACAAAAAGUAUAGAGAAGAGUUAGUGAAAAAAUUGCAGAACAGCCAUAAGCGUAGAACUAACAACAGUAAGAAGUAG